AUGCCCUGGAACUGCCUUUGGGGAUAUGAAUCUCCGCCACCGGUAUGCAGAGUGAGCGGACCGUUGCAUCUCAUAUUACAGAAGGAAGGCACGCCACAGGCUCACGCCUUUCGUCGGAAGUCUUUUCGCAAACCCAGGCCGUGUCAUUGGUGUCAUCAGCCGGUGCACAACGAGGGGUCUUGCUGUAGAGUUUGCAAGUAUGCGUGUCACACCACUUGCGAAAAUAAGGUGUCGGCUGCUAUUGAGCUGUCAGAGACUGCCAAUACACAUACAGUAGCACAAUCACAUAAUAAUGACAAAGCUCGGUUUACGGACACCAGUUGGCAAAUCCACAGAACAUGGACACGCAAUGGCGAUCCGCUGUCGCUAUCGCCUCCGCCGAGUCGAGCAACCGCCCUUGUAGGUGCACCCGCAGCCACUACGACCACACCUUUACGCAACCACGAGAAUGGCAUCUAUGACACCAUCACGACUCGAGCACUGAGCGCGCCUGCCACUCCUGGUACUCCUAUUUAUACCAGGGAUCAUGGCGGUACGCGGUCAGCGAGCUAUCCCGGCGGCUCGGGCGGGUCCAGCGGUGCGGGACGCCUGGAUCUUUGCUAUGUGGCGGAGCGUAUGCUUGCUCUGCACCUACCGUACAGAGAUGAACACGCAGAAGCCCAGGCCGCCCAUAUGCUGACUAACAAGCAUGGAGAACAUUUCAUGGUAUUCGAAGUGAGCAGCGGUGAGGCGAACGGUAGUGAGUGCGAGGAGGGUCGAACAGCGUGUAACGUGUUCGGACGCGCCCGGACCUUGGGCUGGCCGGGCGAACUGGCGCCGCCACUCGAGCGCCUCUGUGCCGCAUGCAAGCAAAUUGAGAGCUGGCUUGCAGCGCAUCCGAAGAACGUCGCCAUACUACUGGCCUGGGGUGAACGCGAGCGGCUGGGCGUGCUGGUGGCGGCGUACAUGCACUACUCGGCGAUAUGCGGCGCGCCCGAGCACGCACUCGACCGCUACGCGAUGCGCCGCUACCUCGACGACCGCGUGCCUGUCUUUCAUCUGCCCUCUAAUAAGAGGUACAUAGACACGUUCGCGGGGCUGCUGGCGGGACAGAUCCGCGUGAACGCGGCGCCGCUGCAUCUCACGCACGUGAGCGUCGCCGGCUCGCUCGCCGCGCCCGCCGCACCCACCAUCGCCUUCCUAAAGAUAUACGAAAACCUUGUCUGCGUCUACACCUCGGGCCUGUACAUGGUGAACGGCGGCGGGUGGACAGUGGGCGUUGGGCGCCUGUCCCUGCGCGGCGACGUGUUGGUGCGAGCGUACCGCCGGCCGGCGCACGCCACCGCCGCACAGCGCCACCUGGUGUUCGCCUGUCAGUUUCACACCUGCGCCGUCGCUGACCAUACGCUCUCCUUCACAAAGCAGCAGCUUGAUCACGCUGUGCAUGAUGCGUCGUUCCCGAGCGACGGCGCGGUGGAGCUGGUGUUCGCGCGCGGCGAGGGCGGCGGCGGCGCGGCGCCGGCGCCCACGCCCGCCGCCCCGCUGCGCGCCGCGCCCGACGCGCUCGCACGCGCCGACUCGCUCGACCACCUGCGCCCGCUCUCCACGCUCACCGACGACGAGCCCGCCGAUAACAACGGUAGCGCCGAGGGCUCGGGUUCAGGCGGCGAGGCGGGAGAGGGCGCGGAGGCCGCACAUACGUUUGGGCCCCUCGACGGCUCCAUCUACGCGACAGUGGUGCGCGCGAGCGGCGGACCUUCGUCUCCGCUCAGCGCAUCCAUGGAUUCGGGCAUCUCAUCAGCGGGGAGGCGCGCGGCCCCCAGCCCGCCCGACGAACUGGAUGCGCUGCUGGGCGACAUGCUGCGCACGGUGAGCGCGCUGCCCGACCCGCCCGACCCGCCCGCGCCGCAGUCGCACGUCGAGCGCGCGCCGGACAUACCGUACCACGCGCGCGCCGAUUCCGCGCCAUUCACCUACGGAGCGCCCGGCCUGCGCCCCGGCAUGCUGCGGGCUUCCAACCGCCUCGCCAGCCCUGAGUUGGUGCGCCGCGCCCUUGGCCCCGACCGUCCCUACCACCCCAUCGAAGACGACGACGACGAACGCACCGUCACCCCGGACCCGCACUCGCCUCGCACGCCGCUCUCUCCGCGCACCCUCCGGAAGUUCACCCACGAAGAGAUCGUAACGACCACCUCAACCACACCACGACAGACUUCGCCGCAGCAAAAUGGACGAUGGCUGAACGGUGAUGCGGAAUGGCUAGAACGGCCCUCAAGCAGGUCGCAGAAGAACAUACCCGAAAAUGGUACAUGGCGUUCAAAUAGUACCCUGGGUUGGCAUGAGAGUUCCCGGGGGCGAGAGUCACGAAAAUCAGAGAGCAGUAAUGAAGGAAGUUCAGGCCUUACAUGGCUACAACGGCAGCAGCAAAAGCUGCGAGAAAGAAAAGAGGCGAGGGAAAGGGUGGCUCGAUUACCGCUCGAGUGGGAUUCUACGUCUUCCCGACAUGUGCGCCGGUCUGCCAGCCAUCGCGUAGAUGGAUAUACAAGCGACACCACAGCUUUUGCAGACGACGAUGACGAUUUCACAGUUCCUCUUCACGUUAACACACGAACACCUCUAAGAACCGAUAGUAUCAGCCCUCAAGCUCCAGACAGAACCUCAUCUAAAAAAUUCAUGUAUGAAAAGAUGACGAUGCGCGAAUGGAGUACAAACACCACACCAACAAGCACUCCUGCGCCUGGGUUGCUGUCUCUUGCGGAGCCUAUCAGUAAUGAUACAUUAAGUAGGGAACGUUCGGAAAGUUGGUCGCGCGCGGAGUCGCGUGCGGAGUCGCGUGCGGAGUCGCGCACGGAGUCGCGCGCGGGCACGCCGGCGUUCCCCACGCACCCGCGCACGCCCUACCCGCCCACACCCACGCCCUCGCUCAAUGCGCGCCCGCCGCGCUCGCCGCCCGUCACUAGAAAGGAGCGCGAAAGCAGCCCGGAGUCGGAAUACCGCACAUAUAACGGUGGGAGCAGUGGCGGCGGGUCACGGUGCUCGAGCGCAGGCGGCGCCGAGCCGCAGCACGUGGCGCCCGACCGCGUGCGCUUCGCGCGCGACACCAGUCAUUUCUGGUACAAGCCCAACAUUUCUCGUGACGAUGCCAUAGCCGCGUUGCAGCCACUGGAGGAGGGCGCGUUCAUCGUGCGCGACUCGAACUCGUUCCCUGGCGCGUUCGGGCUGGCGGUGCGCGCGGGCGCGGGCGGCGGCGUGCGGCACUUCCUGGUGGAGCCGGCGGCGCGCGGCGUGCGCCUGCGCGGCUGCGCCGACGAGCCCGUCUUCAGCUCGCUCUCCGCGCUCGUCUACCAGCACACGGUCACGCCGCUCGCCCUGCCCGUGCCUCUGCGACUGCCCGACAGGGAUCCAUGGACGGGUGGAAACGUCAAUGCAGCGGCGCGCGCCUUGCUCGCGACCGGCGCAGCUUGCCACGUGCUGCUGCUUGGCUCGGAAAACACUGAAGCGUUGACCGGCCCAGCUGCCGUGAAACGAGCAGUACAUCACGUACUACAGAAGAAGGGCGGCGCGCACGUCGUGCACUUCAAGGUGUUCGGCGGCGGCAUCACGCUGACGGACGCGGCGCGCCAGCUGUUCUUCCGCCGCCACUACCCCGCCGCCGCGCUCUCCUACGCCGGCCUCGACCCCGACGAGCGUCGCUACACUUACCUUCAGAACGGAACGCAAACUGAAAAACGCAUCUUUGCUUUCGUGGCCCGUACAGCAGCUGGAACAGACAAUCAAUGCCACGUAUUCGCCGAACUGGAACCAGAACAACCAGCGACCGCCAUCGUUAAUUUUGUUAACAAGGCUCUACUGGGAAACACACAAAAGCGGGACAUUAUCUAA